UACAAGUCCACAGAAUGAAAUGAAAAUAAGAUUAGAAAUUGUUUGUUUUCUAUGGUUAUUGAAAGAGUAAAAUAAAAUUUGAGGCUAUUUUAAAAUAAGUUUUAAUAAAAGUAAAUUAAGUAAUAUUUAGUUGUGAUUAUUGUCUGUGGAAGAACGUGUGAUUUAGUGAAAACUUAAAAUGGGAGAUCAAAAAGAAUUACUAUCGAACACUUUGGCUUUAAAUCUCGCCUUACAGACAAUUAAAGAACGUUGUGUUCAUCUCCAGAAGCGUCUCUUUGCUUUAGAAUCAGAAAACUCGAAACUGCGCCUUAAUACACUUAAUUCAGAUAAAAAGGAUGAGUCACAAUCAAAUGUGCCCUUAUCAGAGAUACAAGAAUUGCGAGCCAAAAACGCAGAACUUACCUUACAAAAGAGUCAGCUUACAGAAAACUUAUCAAUGAUUUCAACUGAAAAUCGGAAACUAUGGAAAAGAUUAAGUCAACUUACAAAAGAAAACAUAAAUGAUGAAAUUUCAAUAAGAGAUGAAGAAAUUACAAAAGCUCAUUCCAGCCAGAACCUUAUUAGAUCGAAAACUUUCACUCAAAACUCUCCUCAUCAACUUCUCAAAGAACGACUCGUUGGUCCUGACGAAAGUGAACUGGAAGAUAUUUCACUUCUUAAUGAUUGCGGGUUCACAACUGACAAGAUUAAUUUUGUAUCAGAUGACUGUGAAACAUUCGAUGUUGACAGUAAAACCUGUACAGAAGGAAUGCUGAAUAUCAAGCGAGAACUAAUGAAACAAAACAGCGACCUUAAAGUUGCCUUGAGUAAUUGGAAGAAAAUGAAGACAAAUGAAUUUUGCUCAUGCAAAAAGACAGACGCAAAUGCCAAGAAACCACCGCUUAUGGUCGACAAGAAUCUUGAAACUGAUCGAGUAUUAACUGUAGAUUUACGGAUGGAAACAGAGUCGCCAAAUCGUACAGUGGCUCAAAUGUUUGAAAUGCCUGAAAUUGAGAACAUUAUCAUUGAUCUUAAUGAUCAAAAACGUGCAGCUGAUUUAGCUGAUAAGAUUUGUCCAAUGUGUGGUAAAUUUUACACUCAAAAUAUUCUCUUUGAAGAGUUUCAAGAGCAUGUUGAGUCACAUUUUCGUGAUGAAAAUGAUCUUGAGCAGUUUGAUCAUAACUUCGAGAUUGUUUCCCACAGCGUUGGAAAUUUUUAA